GCCCUUUCGGCCGCAGGUAACUGAAUAGCGAGAUCCUCAUUUGGCCAGUCAAGCCAAAUAUCCAUGCCGCCGCCGCGUCGUGUGAAGAGCGCCCUCCCACUUUCGAUCGCGCAACCGAGGUAGACAAACGCAUCUAAUCUUGCCCCUUCGAGGACUUCGGAUUAAAGCCAUGUUCUGGCCGGUUUUGGAUUUUGUUUUUGAACUUUUAGUUCUCUUUCAUUGGCUCACCAUCUGGUCUUUGGGCAUUGUGCGCAGGAAAGAAAAGCUUGGAGAUAUCAAGGAGCUGCUCUCAAGAUUCCGCACGCGCAGAUUACAACCCCAGGGUGGCAUGGAUAUCAAGCCCUCCGCGCUAGCGAGGAUCCUACUUCCAAAGCUGCCGUAUAUUGGCAAAACUGCCAUCGGGCACGCGCUUCGAUUGACAUCAACGUCAGGAAAAUGGGAUCUUCGGACGGAGUUGACGGUGAAGAUUAUUCGAUCUUUGACGUCGGGACCGCCACAGCCCAUCUCGCGCAUGCAGGCCAUGUCGAUACGGGAUGGAGGCGUCAAGGGAAAGAUGUGGGUUUCGCGAGUCAAAUUUCCAGUGCCGGAAGAAAUUGAGGAUGGCAUUCGGGAGGUCACGUUGCGAAGUAUCAAGGAGCUGGCCGACGGUUCAGAGACGUAUUGGGAGCCGGAUCUUCAACCCCUCGAGGCGGAGUGGACCGGAUAUCGCAAAGGUGUCAAAAACGACCAGCCAGAGCCUUCUAUCGCAGAAAGUGCCAAAUACGAGAACUUGAUGAAGGAGGUGACGAGUGACGUCGUUAUCUUGUACUUCCACGGUGGAGCGCAUUUCCUCAUGGAUCCGGCAUCCCAUCGAGGCUUGGUCACCAAGCUGGCGAGGAAGACGGGUGGUCGAGUUCUAUCCGUAAGAUACCGGCUUUCGCCUCAGAAUCCUUUUCCUGCGGCGCUGAUGGAUGGCCUGUUCGCCUAUCUCGCGCUCCUACAUCCUCCGCCGGGCUCACCACACAAGCCUGUGAAGCCGUCUCAGAUCGUGUUCGCAGGAGACUCCGCCGGCGGACAGAUGUGUGCCUCUCUUAUGCAGCUUUUACUGCAGAUCAAUCGUAGCUUGGAGGGAAAUAAAGUUCGCUUCCAUGGGGCUGAAAUAGAGGUUCCACUGCCCGCUGGCAUGGCAAUGAACAGCCCGUGGCUCGACAUAAACCGGUGCAUGCCCUCCAUUUGGGCCAAUGCUAAGUAUGACUAUCUUCCUCCACCUCCAGAGAACGGCGACCCAGAACCGCCACCGUGCGACAUCUGGCCGGCAAAUCCUCCGAGGGCGGAUCUGUUCUGUGAAGGCAGUGCACUGUGCCAUCCACUCGUCUCGCCGCUUGCGGCCAUGGACUGGAAAGGCGCGCCGCCUUGUUUUGUGGUGACGGGUGAGGAGUGCCUGGCGGACGAAGACAAGAUAUUGUGCCAACGCAUGCACGCACAGGGGGUAAAGGUCGUGUGGGAGCAGUACGAGGCCAUGCCGCACGUUUUUUGCAUGGUCUUCGAGAAGACUAAGAUCUCUGAAAUGUCCUUCGAAGGCUGGGCAAACGCUAUCAAAUCCUUUGUCGAGAAGCCAGCAGAGGUCGAGAGCAAAGGGAUUUGGGUCACGGCUAAGAAGCUUGAAAUCAAGGUCGUGCCUCCCGGGGGUGAUCCCGUCAUGUCUGAUGAGGAGUGCUUGAGAAGAAUGAGAGAAAGCCAAGAAAAGAGGAUAAAGGGGUUUGACAAUGUCAUGAAAGCUCGACCCAUCGAGCCGAAGCUUUGAGCGUUGAAGCACUUCGGUAGAGUUCGUUGUACGUGCAGGUAGCAUCUUGAUCUUGGAUACCCGCUUCCGCCUCAGCCACUACGUAAAAUGUCACGCGUAAUAAGGUAAUUCUCAUUCAAAACGAUAUACAGUACACUUCCCAUACACUGACGUGGCCAUUUCUGAUCCGAAUAUUCAUCUGUCC